AUGAGCGCUGUGGAGAGGAUAAAGGAGUCACGUAAUGGCGAGGGCUUUUCAAUGUGCGACCCGGUUCUCCCAUACGAUCAGAGCAAGCUUGGGAUGCAGGCUCGUCGCAUCGCCGCGCAGGGCAUGCUGACGGCUGGCAAACUGCGCGCUCUGGAGGUGCAACAGUCUGGGGGCAGGUUUGGCGGCACGGACCGCGGAUAUCCUCAGCAGCCGGUAGCGCAAAGUAUCUCCGGGAGCAGUGCACGGCCCAGCCCCUACUCGACCCGAUACCCAAGUACUUCCGGCAACACACCCGUAUCCAUGGCGUAUGACAAGGGAUUUAGUGCGUCACCGCAGCACUACGGCCGUACCCCUUCAGAGCAGUUGACAUGGCGUCGCGGCGGCUAUGUGCGGUCUGUUGCCGGUGGCAGUCAAAGCAUGGGUGGUGGGCGCCAAGCUGUGACUGCCUCACCUACCUUGCGCGUCAUUACAACUUCGGAGACGGUGACAGGGGGAGGUGUCGGCAACACCAGCAUGAACAACACCUCAGGCAGUGCAUCCUUCCGCACCCGUGCUGCGAGUGGAGGCAUCCUGAGCUCGCCGGGCAGUGUCGACUCCAAGCCUAGUGUGGCCGAGCAAAAGCUCAGCAACUUCUUCCAAGGAAAGUCGCAGCAGACUAUCAACAAGAGCCUCUAUGCGAUGGAGUCGUCGAGUGGUGGCGUGGCAGAGUCUUCUGCCUGGAGCGGUGGUGCAGCGGUAUCGCUAUGCGGCACAGUCAAUCACAAGGGUGCAGCAGGAGGAGGAGGCGGUGGCGGUGGCGGCGGCGGCGGUUCAAGUGGUUCUCCGAGCAGUAAAGGGGGGCCUCGAAAAAUGGUGAAAGUUCCUCACAGCGAUGACGAGAAGAAUCGAGGGUACAAGUGGGAGGACCCGAAGAAGAAGAAGAUGGUUACAGAAGGCGAUGAUGACGAGCAAGACGAGCGUAAUUCCCGAACUCGUAACAUCGACGCCCUGCACGCCAUUCCGUGGGAUCAGCGACAGCAGCUGCCCGUGAGCGGCUUCGGCACGCGCUUCUUCGCCUUGCUGAACACGCCUCGUUUUUGGGAAAAGCUGGACUGGACAGUGCGCGCUUCCCUUCUGACAGUGCUCCCCACCAUGGUGCUGUCGCUCGAGCCUUCGACGUCGCCCAUGUUCCCGUUGCCGUCUUCCUUGGCGUUCAACGCCUUCUGGAUCACCAUGCCGACCUUUGGCAGCGGCCUGCGUGAGCUGAUGAUUGCCUUGAAGGGCUUCUCUUUCGGCCUACUGUUUCUCUGCAUCAUCGUAGGCACGCACCCGGGCCCCUCGUGGGAGAGUCUUCUUUUGCUCUUCUUCUUCACCCUCAUCUCCUCCUUCGUGGCAGAGGAGACGAAGAAGACGGCCGCGUACGUGUUGGCGUCGACAAUCAUGCAGUACAUUGUGGACCCCGUCGGUACAAACUUCGACUACAUCCGGCAGUACUACAUUGGCCUGCUGAUUGGCCUGGCCUUCGGUACGGCCGGUUUUCUAGUGCCGUUCAUCCGCUGGUCGAGCGACAUUGCUCGACACUACAUCAAGGCUAUGGGUAACUCGCUCAGUAUUGAUCUGCAGGGGACGCUGUCGAGCUUCUGGGUGCGCACCCCGCUGGAGCGCGAGCUGAACGUUGUGCGUCUGCGCCAACUGAGAGCCACGGCGGAGAAGUGCCUCAGCAAGAUCGAGACGGCGCUGGAAGAGUCGGGGUAUGAGCCGCACACCGGGGCGUACAUGAUGUGCAUGGUGAACCGCUUCAACUUCUGCAAGUCUAUUCACAACAUCCUUGGCUCCUUGAGCCACGUCAUCGAACUGAUCGCUGACAACCCGAGCUUGAUUGAUACACCGAUGUGCACGACCUUUGGCGAGCAGAUUGGCGACGACCUCGCCGUUAUCUCGUCCGCAAUGGACAGCAUGGUGCUGAAGAUUGUCGACUUCACGCGCAUUGUGACGCCGCAGGAGAUCCAGUUUUUCCGCGAGGCGCGCCAGCGUUUCCAGGAUGCGUUGUCACGCGUUCGAGAGGAUGUCAUUUUGACGAAUGAGAACUAUGAGACGGACGAGUCCGACGUCCUUCUUGGUUUCUUCAUGUUCAGCGUGGACGAGAUGUGCGAGGUGAUUAGCCAGUUCGAGGAGACAGCGCACCCGCCCAACACACUCUGGAAUGCGAUGUUGUUCCCGGUGCGGGACGUGAAGAGCGUCAUUGCUGCCUUUCGGAAUUUGGGCAUCACAGUUGUGCGUCGCCGCACGAUUCCGCGUCGCAUGAAGGAAGCGAUCAAACUCUCACUGUGCAUCGUGCUGCCCUGCAUCUUUCAGGUGUAUGCGUUGGACAACGACUCGGUGAGCCCUGCGGCUGGCGCUGCGGUGAUUGCACUCAUUUACAACCCGACCGGUUCCGAGAGCUUCCACUACGCCUCUGGGCGUCUGCUAGGCACGGUACUCGGCUCACUGGGAGCGCUGCUCUCUGUGCAGGUGGCGAGUUCUCGCUUGUGGGUGCUGUACAUCUUCAUUACUAUCCUGUCCUUUAUUGGCGCGUACGUGCAGUCGGCCCCGGGCUUCUACGCACUGGGCAAUGCGAUCGUCAGCAGCACAAUUUCCGUCUGCACCCAGUACCAAAAUGGAAACGCCGCAAUGGUGCGCAUUCAGCAAAACUGCUUCGCCAUAUUGAUGUACUUUGCGAUCGCGUGCACUCUGUGGCCGAUGCAUGCGCGCACAAAGGUGAGGAUGAGCCUGAACAUCACGCUGCGGUGCAUGCGAGAGGCCAUCACACGCAUGCUGCGCAAUCUCGACAUGCCGUACGACGCAAACGAAGUCACCGCCGACGUCUCGGCGCUGCUGAUUGAGAUGCACAAGAAGAUCCGCACGCAGUCCCGCUUCAUCCCCGGCGCGGUGGAAGAGCCGACGAUGGGCUCCGUCGAGUACCCGGAGGACUCGUGGAAGCGCAUCGUGGAGGCAGAGAAGAAGCUGUGCCUGGCGCUCUCAAUGAUGUGCUUCGCCUACAAUACAUUCAUGUCCGGCCGCGCGGACUCGACCACCGAGUUGUCAGUACACUGGGUGGUGCUGCACCGCAUCGCCCCGCACGCGCAGGACCUGUCGGACCUCAUCUAUGCUUCCAUCGACCUUUAUCUUCUCUCGCUCUCCAAGAUGACAAUCGUGCCCACGUCACAUAUAACACGACUGCGGGUGGGCAUGGUAGACGCUCAUCAGGCCAUCCUCGAGACCUAUAUGGCUACCAUCUCUCGCAAGGUGGCAGGCGAACAGGACGUGGGCGAGGAGGGGAAGGAGGAGGACAUGUACGGCAGCAACUUUUACAUGAACGACGAAGAAUACUACGACUACGGCGGCAGCCCGCAUCUCCCGCCAACUAGAGGAGCACGCUCUUACAUGAAGAACAUCAAUGGCGACGGCGGCUCAGCUGCGGGCGUCGACGACAAGCCUAGUGGGAGGGAUGGCGACCACCCUGCACCUCCGCAACAGCGACCGCAGCGACAGCAAAGCGAGUACGACCACGGGCACGACCGUGGAAACCACAGCUCUGGGGACUCGACGGACUCAUCUUCCUCCGAGAAUGCCGAGUGUGACGGCAACGGCAACAAGCGCCCCCACAAGAGGACAGCGAAGGGUGACGACGGCAAGAAGAAGGUGGGGUACUUAAGCUACGAGUUGACAGCAGAGGAGGCUGCCGCGCUGCGUGCCUUUGUAGCGAACCGCGUGAGCAACGCCACCUUUGGCUCCAGGAAGUCCAUGAUGGUCAACAACGCCACCUUCAGUGGCCAGCCCGCGAGCGGCGUUUCUGCCGCUGCUACUGCUGCCGCUGCGGCUGUGUUGGGUGCAAGAGGCUCGAUAACCAUGUCAGGGUCUCCCCCGCACUGCAACAACGAUGCCCGCCUCAUGGCUGUCACAGGCAACGACGUCGGGCUGGCGGCGUCGCUGCGCAAGAAGCACAAGGUCAUGGUGAAGCGCGGAAAGGGCGAGGAGAACGACGGCGAUGUUGAGGGGCCGCCAGGGUCGGAAGGGUCACACGAUGAGGAAAAGGCUAAAGGCGGCCGCAGCGACGCCGACAACGCUCCCGGGACCUUCCUCUCCAAUGCAUCGUUCUUGAACAGCUCCUUCAGGAACGCAUCCCUUCUUGGCAGCCUUUUUGCGAGGAAGACAAAGGAGCCACGCGACCUCGACACGGUGGAGAUGCAGCAGCCCCGUGCAGGGCGUUCGCGCGGGUCGAGGAGCACAUCGUCUAACUCGAAGGGGGAAUCCAAGAAAAAGAAGCGGCAACGGCGUCGCUCCAGCAAGCAGUGCGAGGAGAGUGACGGUGAUGGCAGCGGUGAGAGCAUCAGCCAGCACAGCACCCCACUCACCUUCCCGACUCACCACUCUCACCUCGGUAUCGUGGGAAGCGAUUUCAGUGACAUUGAAGACGAUCCGAAACCGCUUCUUCGGAGACGCCUCUCCACCAAGGUACUUCGCUUGAGCGAGACAGGAGUGGAUCCCAAGGACGCCAAGGUGGAUGAAUGUCUACCGAUGGUGCACUCGGUGCCGGUGGAACUACCUGGUGGCAACGGUUCAGUGCUGAAUCCACUCGCUGAGGAUAGCGGUGCAUGUGAAGGUGCCGCUGGUGCCGAGGGCAACCCGCUGCCAAUGCCCCAGCCUCCAUCGAUGGCCUCUGGACGCGACUCUGCUGCGGAGCUCGUUGCGGUGCAUAGGAACGUGGACAGCGCUGGGACAAGCCUGCAGCAGGCGAGCAACUUGACGGCCGAGCAGCUGUGCACUGUGGCGGAGGCCACCUCAGGUACCCUCUUCAGUGGAGAUGAUCCGGCCAUGGCCGCUGCAUCGCUCAACAACUCCGGCGGCGCCGCCACCAUCGUGGCUCAUGACCUCUCGCAGUCUCCUAGACUGCCACAGUGCAGUAACAACGUCACCCCAGAGGAUCACAAGGACUCACCGCCGCGUACGUGCAGUGGCGCCGAGGAGGGAAAGAAGAAGUGCGAAGACCGCGACAGAACUCGCCACAUCAGCAGUAACGAGAAGGCGGUGCCUGACAGGGAUGGUGAGGAGACCGCGCACAACCGCACCGGGGAGAACCAGCCGCACGGCAGAAGCGACGACACCCCGGGCAAGGACGGAAGAGCUCCAGGCAAGACAGGCGAGAAUCAGAAGGACGCCAGCGGUGCUGUGGUCAGGGACGAUCAGCUGCUUAACAACAACACCACGACUCAUCGAAGCCUCGCUACCCUCGUCAUGCACCCACCAAGCGGGAUGGGACGCGACUCUCUCGACUCUGAGGGUAACUGUCAGCGCGCUGCGGUGAUGCUCAACCCGACCUGCGACGGAGAUGGCACCAGCGUGACCCCGUCGGAGGAUGGCGAGAUACUCAAUAACCUCUCCUUCUUCGACGCCGAUAAGGGCGAGUUUGUGCUCACCAAUCACGAUAUUCACUCCCUCGAGGCCUUUCUGUUCGGCACACGCGCCCUCAUUGUGUACAUCAACGAUAUGCAAAAGGCUUUGUUGGAGAUGCAGCACGCCACAGAUUUGGCAAGGUGGCUGUAG